UAGUCUUUGAUUGACAUUUUCAUUUUAGGUUAAGUUUAGGAGUGAAUUCAUGAAAAGAAUAUAAUAUACUAAGGAUGCUAGAAUAAUUAAAUGAAACUUAUUACAAAACGUAAAAAUGUCACUGGUAAUCAUUAAGCAACUUCUUCCCCAUACAAGAUCCUUAUGUGUUAAGUUCAGACAGCCUGCAGUGUGUAAUAUUUAUAGUUAUAGCACUAAAGUUACUCCUGCAAGCGGCUCCAACAAUGUCCUCGAUAACAUAACCGAUUGGGAAACGCUAAGCAAGAAAAAGAAAAUCAGUAAGGCUAUGAAAGCUUACUUAGAGAGAGCCCAAGAACAUGAUGAGUUCAUGAAAAGACAGCAGUUUGAAUAUAAGAUUGGUAAACGACAUUUGGCCAAUAUGAUGGGCGAGGAUCCAGAGACAUUCACACAAAAAGACGUGGACCGUGCAAUCGAAUACUUGUUUCCGAGUGGCAUAUACGACCCAGCUGCGCGACCUCUCAUGAAACCACCAGAAGAGAUAUUCCCCGCAAGAAAAGCUGCAGAGUUCGACGAAGCUGGAAGACCUCACCAUUUCCUGUUUUACACUGGGAAGCCAAAUUUCUUUAAGCUUAUGUAUGAUGCUGCUGAAAAUAUUAAAAAUUUACAGAGCUUUGAAGACAAAGUGAUCAGAAAAAAAGCUUCCCCUGAUCCCAAUGGAGAUCUAAAUUUAAAUACCAGUGUUUGGUUGACAAAAGACCAACUUGAGCAAGUCCUUGUUGAGAACAUAACAGACUUAGAAUAUGAUAACUUCAAAGCAGUGAUGGAGAGGUUGGCAUCUCUACCCUAUGCCUACAGGUUCAAGGAGUUCAUUGAGAAGUUUAGAAAACCACUAUCUUCUCAAAGAUUUGCUUUAGAGAUCCCUAAACCUGGCUAUGACAGUGAAGGCCGCGCCUUUAUCACAACUUAUGAGUGCUUGAGAAAGAAAGCUAGAGGAGAUGUCACAGUGAAGUCUCCAGGCACUGGCAAAAUAACUAUCAAUGGAAAAGACUUGACAUACUUUGACGAUGUUCAGUCACGAGAACAGGUUAUUUUCCCACUCAUAUUCACUGGAAUGCUAGACCGUGUUGAUGUUGAGUGCCACAUUGAAGGGGGUGGUCCUUCUGGUCAGUCAGGAGCAAUCCGAUGGGGCAUUGCUUGGAGUCUUCGUAGUUUUGUAGACUCUGCUAUGUUGCAGCAGAUGCAAGUAGCCGGCUUGUUAACUAGAGACCAUAGGCGCAGAGAGCGUAAGAAGCCAGGCCAGCCCGGUGCCAGGAAGAAGCCUACAUGGAAGAGGAGAUAGUUCUUUUUUUAGUUUGAAUAAAAUGUUUAUUACUAGUUCUGAAA